UGUAUUAAAUAACAAAAGUUGUGGUCAAGUGCAAUAAUGUUCAGGCUACAGAAUAUGCUUUUGCUUUUGUUGGGCUGGAACAUGUUGCUAGCCGUCUACGCAGCUGGUAACAAAAAGCAACAACAACAACAAGAAAUCUGGGAACAAGACCUUUCGGACACCUUUAAAAUCGAGGGCAGCGAUCAAGGCAUACAAAAGGUUAAUCUGAAAUGUGGUGCGAAUUCGAUGAAUGUGGUGCUGGAGACGGAGAAACCAUUUACGGGUGUGAUGUACACCCGGGGAAGUUUCUAUAAGCAAUCGGCGCCAUGCUUCAUGAAACCGAAUACGAAUCAAGGACUUCGCACAUUGGAGAUGAACUUCCAGUUGGAUCAGUGCCAAACGCUGAAGGAUGGCGAUCUCUAUUCGAACAUUGUCGUCAUCCAGAACGAUCCGGAGCUAAUCACGCCUGGUGAUUCGGCCUUCUCGCUGGAAUGCGAUUUCCGUCAGCCACGCAGCCUGGAUGUGGAGGCCAGCAUGCAGGCCAGGGACAGAGUGGCGACCAAAUCAAAAAUAACCCUCACAAGUCCCGAUCCCGCGGCACCAAUGGAUAAUCUACACAACUCGGUGUUUAGCAACAGUGAUACAGUAGAAUACAUACCAAAGUUCUCAAAACCAAAUGAAACCAUUCGACUGGGCACGGUUGAGGAGGUGACUCUGCCGCUGGCUCACCAAAGGGAUGAGCUCUAAACUCCAAACACUUUCGACCACCACAAACAAUACAAAAAAAACAUAAACACACUUUAAAAAAAAGAAAAGAAAACACUACAGGAAAAACGCACAGAAUGCAACACAGACGGUCUAAAGGCAAACGACUCGAAUUCUAUAUUGACUUGAAUGCUCUUUUUAAUAUCUAUAUCCUGUGAUAUUUUUUAAGUUUGCUUUUAAUAAAACAGAACACCCAAAACGUA